AUGGAGAGAGAAGUGAGACGACCGAACCCAAUCACCAGCUCUCGCCGGCCGGAGAUAUUAUCUUCAGGCGCCGGUAGUACACAACUGCCGGAAAGCCCACGAGGCCCGAUGGAGUUCUUGUCUAGAUCAUGGAGCGUAUCUGCCUUGGAAGUCUCCAGAGCUCUCAACACCGCCAAGUCAGCUCCGGCCACCACCAGAACUCCUUCCAUAAACGCUCCGAUACCGGAAGAAAACAACCCCGAGAAAGAAGAAUGUCCGCCGGAGAGCAGCCAGUUCUCGUUCGCUGCUUCUGCCACUUCACAGCUUGUUCUUGAGCGCAUAAUGUCUCAAUCGGAGGUGUCACCGUUAACGUCGGGGAGGUUAUCACACAGUAGCGGCCCACUGAACGGCGGAGGUUCUUUCACGGAGACAGACAGUCCUCCCAUCUCUCCCUCCGAUGACUUGGACGACGUCGUCAAGUAUUUUCGCACCCACAACACGAUACAGCCUCUCUUCUCAGGCACAGGAGGCAGCCGAGGCACCACCGGAAAUGGGAGCAAUACCCCCGUGGCUGGAGCCGGUCCAAAGACGGUCGGUAGGUGGCUCAAGGACCGUAAAGAAAAGAAGAAAGAAGAGAGUAGAGCUCACAAUGCACAGGUCCAUGCAGCUGUUUCUGUGGCUGCAGUUGCAUCUGCUGUGGCAGCUGUAGCAGCAGCGACGGCAGCCUCCUCACCAUGUAAAAAUGAGCAGAUGGCCAGAGUUGAUAUGGCCAUGGCUUCUGCGGCUGCAUUGGUGGCUGCUCAGUGUGUGGAGGCUGCGGAGAACAUGGGAGCUGAAAGGGAUCAUUUGACAUCCGUUGUGAGCUCCGCAGUGAAUGUUAAGUCCCAUGACGACAUUGUCACCCUAACCGCGGCUGCUGCAACAGCUCUGCGAGGAGCAGCCACGUUGAAGGCAAGGGCGCUUAAAGAAGUGUGGAACAUAGCUGCUGCGUUACCAGCCGAGAAAGGUGCGAGUUCAGCGCUGUGUGGCCAGGUUGAAACGAAGCAUAGCGAUAGUAGCUUUAGUGGAGAAUUACCUAUAGCUGGGGAAGACUUCCUUGGCGUCUGCAACCAGGAACUACUAGCUAAAGGCACAGAGCUCCUCAAACGAACUCGUGGAGGUGAUCUCCACUGGAAGAUUGUCUCUGUCUACAUCAACAAAGCAGGCCAAGUUUCACUCAAAAUGAAGAGCAAACACGUCGGAGGGACCUUCACAAAGAAGAAGAAACAUAUGGUGCUGGAAGUGAAAAGGGAUAUACCUGCAUGGGCGGGCAGGGAUCUCUUCAACGGAGACAAGCAUCACUACUUCGGCUUGAAGACUGAAACAAAGAGGGUCGUUGAAUUUGAGUGCAGAAACCAGAGGGAAUACGAGAUAUGGACCCAGGGCGUGUCCCGCCUUCUCGCCAUCGCUGCAGAGAAGAAGCAAAAAAGUUCCAUGCCCAAACGGAUAAACUAG